UGAUUACAUGAUCAGAGAAAAGUAACAGUCGCUCAAUUUUUAUGUUUCGGAAAAUUUUUUUCAAAGGUUAGAAAGUUUCAAAGUAAAUUUCAAUGGACAAUGCCUUCAAAAGUCUACCGAAGCUAAUGGACACACAAGUUGAAAAGUGUGAAAGAAGUGACAGUUUGUCAACAACAACAGACCUAGAACCUGAAGUUGAAAUGGCAGCACAUUUAAAGACGAAGUGAUGCACGGCCUUGCUGACAGUUUGGACAGCUGGCCAGUGGUUAUCCAGGCAUCUAGGCAGAACAAUCCCUAACCCUGUCUCAGCAUUUGCCUCAGGAGUACCAUUUGGCAGGUUCAACCGCUAGUAUUUGGAUUGUAAACUGAAGUGGAAAGUUUUGUGUUUGCAUAUUAUACUUAGGUUAGUUUCAAUUGAACAGAUAGUGUUAAUGGAUUUUACCGACUGUCAGGUUUUUACUGUGGACAGCAAACAAGGAUGUGAUGGCCCAGUGUUUUAGAACUUUUCCGAAGCCAAAACCUGAACAAAAGGAAGGAAACCUGGUCUUUGUGGGAAGCACAAGGAUAAACACUGCAGUCUGGUACCAGUGGAUGUGAAGCCACCCUUUGUGACAGCAGUGCAGUGGCUACUGACUGUUCGGCCCCAAAAAGAUGGUAGCUAACACCUAGCUACCAUAGAGCAUGGCCGACAAGGAUGACAAUGUAAGGAAAACCACUGUGACAAGUGAAGAAGUGCAGAAUGGUCAACAGAGUCGCUAUGUCAAAGCGGAAAGUCAGCAAGUACUGCUGGGCCAGACUGUGGAGGUGGAACACACAACGACUCACCUCAGUCAGGUGUCAGUACAACAACAACAACUGAGUGGUCAGUAUGAUCUGAUGUCUCAGGCUGCCGCACUGGCCCAAGUGACCAGCGAUGUGGCACCUCAUCCCUCAACAGAUAGCCAGAUUAGUGCCUCAGGGUCUGGUGCUCUGGGCCCCUCCCCUGCACAGGAAAGUGUGGGUACUGUCUCCAUGGCUCAAACCACGGACGUGACAUCCACGGUGAAGAUGCGGACACAUACCCGCUCUGCCGUGGAAACCCAGCAACGCCUAGGGGAUAGGCUGACUCAUCCAUCUGAUGACUACGACAUGGAACAUGACAGGAAGCGAGAUAGUACCCACAUCCUGGAAAAAUUUGAAGAGCAAGCGAAAUCUUUCCAGGAACAAAUGUUACUUUUACCAUCGAAACCCAAGAAGCCAAGAACUCCAAGCCCUGGCAUCUUUCGUCAAAGUGUUGGCUUGGAUCACCUGGACAAUCUGGUAAGACUUAUGGAGCAGUUGACUCAGCUGCGUGAUGAGAACUGUCGCCUGAAGAAGCGCUGUGAAUACCUGGAGAAUACAAAGAGUCUGCUACAGGUGAGGACGUUGAUGGGGGGUCAGGAAAUCCCAAUGGAGGGUCCCCCGCCAGCCCCAGCAGGGUACCUCACCCUGCCCACCACAUCCAGACCCAAACAGCGCCGGCUCUCUGAGGACCUGGGCGUGGAGUCACGCCCGCGUCUGGCCAGUGCCGAGGACAGCCAAUAUCUGGACACAGAAACGACCGAGGAGAAUCUUACCAGUGGGGAGAUGGAGCCUCGGAAACGCUUACACAAACGUAGCUACUCCACUGGCUCCAUUGACGUGCCUGAUGGUGUCAUGAGUGAGGAACAGGUUUCGGAAGCCAACGGCUCCAAGCACAGGGAGCCGCUGGCAGAUAUAGGCAAAAGUAGCCUGAAACACAAGAAGAAGUCUAAAUGGGCAAAAGUGAAGAAGGUGUUCUCUGGACACAAGUCCACAGAGGAGACUGGAGCGGCAGGCGGACAAGAACCAGAAGGGGGGAUAACUCUGACAGUGCCUGAUCUGACUGGUCAGGACGCGGUAGAGAAGCACCUUUUGGCCACACCCCAUGUUGGCCUGUCGGAGAGCCGCUCCGUGGACAGUGGGGUGGGCAGUGGUCUGGAGGGCGCAGACACCUUACGUAUGUCCACUUCUUCAGGAGAACCUUCUAGUCCCUCAAGGAAAAUGGUGCACUCUCGGUCUGGGUCUUCCCAGCAGGACACCCCAGGGGAGUCCGGGGCAGAGUCCUGGGUGGGGCCUCCGGGCUGGGAGGAGUGUCAGACCCAGAGACAAGGUAGCUUCGCCUCAGGCUUAAGUGAUGAGGGCUCCUCUGCUGAAGGCAAGAGCUCCAAAGCUCACAGUGCUAAAGAGGGCAAAGAAAAAGCUCAGUAUUUAAAGGUAGACAGUAGAUACCCUUAUGUCCGGCGCUCCUCCAGUCUGGAGGGCCUGGAAGAGCUACAGAAAAACAACAAGGAUGAGGCCCGUCAGACGCGUCUGCACCGCUCUGCAAGCACGAAGAGUGACGGGAAGUCUCCCUCCCCUGACGGGGACGGCAGUAGCUCAUCCAAGGAGAAGAAACUACACAAGUCAGCCUGGGGUCGCGUCAAGGACAUCAUCCAUACCCGUAAGGAUAGCCUGAAAAAGAGAACUAAGAAAGUAGACAAAUCAGACUCUGAAAUAUCAGAAGGUAUAGAAUAUUCUGACUUCUUGGCAGACUUAGGCGAAAUAUCAGAAGGGAAAGUCUCUCCAAAAAGUAGCACAAAGUCUCGAAAUGGUCAGGAGGCUGGCAGACAAUCGGUCGAUGCUGGAGCUAAGAAGUCAUCUCGGCUUAAAAGCUCGGGAUCUGGAAGCUCUCCCCCAGGAGUAGGCUCUUUACUUCCCCCACAGCAUAGUGUUAUGAGCCUAGAUGUGUCUCAGCUUAUGGGGGCCAUGACUGAUGAGUAUGUGAAGAAAAUGCAGGAGUGGGAAGAGAUGAAGAGCAAGAAGCCAGCAGGGUCAAGAGGGUCUUUAUCACCAGCUAAAAGUAAAGAACAGCGUUCCAAAGAGGGGACACCUGAAGGAGCAGUCACACCCGUAGAGCCCCCCUGGCAUUCCAUCAACGUGGAUGAGAUACAAAGGAGCCUGACGGAAAGUUUUCACCGCAAGCUACAAGAGUGGGAGAAGAUGAAGUAUCGACGUGACCACAGCCCGAUGAUGGAGCGCAAAAGUACCUCCAGCGCCAAGAAGAAGGAGGAGAGGAAACCAAAAAAGUCUAAAAGCGAAAAAGAAAAGGAGAAACAAGAUAGACUUCGUGAAAGAGAAAUUCACAGAGUUGAAAAAGAGGUUCAAAAGUUGGAGAGGGAAAAAAUACGCCUCGAAAAAGAACGGUUAAGGGCUUUAGAAAAAGAGGCGAAAAUUGAAAAAAUGAAAGGCAGAUUGAGUCAAGCGGACAUUGAAACAAAGAUAAAAAAUCCCAUACUUGGUCCACUAAGUGAGUAUAAGGUGACGACAGAGUUUGCUCGUAAGCUUCAUGAGUGGGAGGUGAGGAAGGGCAUGUCGCAGGAAGCAUCUACAUCAUUGUAUCUAGAGAUCCAGAAGAGGAGUUUAGAGUUAGCUGACGAGAUGUACCAUGGGGAAGCUCCUAAACAUUCCAGACCAGGGAGGGAGAGACGAGUGGGCAGCACAGACACCCUUAGCCCACCUGUGUCUCCCUUACCUAAGGACACACCAGUCUUCACUCUAGAGGGGUCGCCCUCAGAUGAGCCAGUGGAGGGAGAGCUGGAGAGACAGCUAUCUGAGGAAUCCAGUCUGCCACCCCCAGAAGCUGAGGGUAGCAGUAGUGUCACAGAGGAGGGGCUCACAUCCGUCAACAUUGUGAGCCUGGAGAAGGCCAAUGUGAGUUUAAUGGAGGAGUUAAGGAAGAAGGAGAAUGAGUACAUGACAGCUCAGCUGGAGGUGCACAAUCUUAACAUGAAGCUGCAGACCAUGAAGGACAGCCAUACAAGAACGCUGGUAACCUACAGACAGGAAAUGGAGACAUUACAGCAGGGUGAGCAACCAUUACCCCAGGUGUCCCUGACAGACCUGGAGGGGAAGAUACAGGAACUAGAGACGUUUGGAGACAGGGUUGUGCUGUCUAUGGAGAGUGCUGCAAUCUGUAAAUUUCAGAGUAUAGAGGGAGAGGAAGCUGUAGGCGAUCAGCUUAUGGAGUUAGUGGAUCAGAUGAAAUCCAUGUUGUCUAAAGUCUCCCAUACAGAAGAAGCCUCCAAACGUUCUUCCAUGAUGCAUGAUUUUGAAAAACUGUACAGCCAUGCAAUGCAACUGCAAGUGCAAAUGAACAACUUACGAUUGAGUCACCUUGAGAGAAACAAGGAGAUAAUGGAUCUGAAGAGACAGUUGCUGUUACAGGAAGUAACAAACUUGCUGUUACAAGUUGACAUUACACGGCGAGAGACAGAGCUCACCCACUACAAGGAGUCCAAACAACGUUCGCUGAAUCGCUCCAGUACAUACAGUGACCUUGAUCCAGAUGAAAAGGUGGACACUGAUGAUUCAAGCCCUAAACCCUCAGAACAUCACUUUUCAAGUUUGAAGGAGUCUUUACAGUAUGAAACAAAAGAGGUUGAAGGGGAAAGGUCACCCAAAAGUCCUGCAGAAGGAGAUACCUCCAGGGAGCAUACUUUGGAUGUGUUUUUUCCAUAUGAAGGACGCGCCAGAAGCAGUACAACAUCGGCUGAUUCCACGGAGUUAAGUUCAGCUAAAUCUGGUGACACAGGCAGUAUGAGUGACGACCCAUUUGUGGCCUCCCUGCCUGCAUCUGAAUCUGUGGAAAUGUUACCCCCUGACCAAUGUGGUACACCUGCAGAUGGUCAAGACAGCGACAGUUUACCUGUGCUCAAACUACAGCCUGUUCCUGCAGCCAAAUCCAAACACGAGAAACAGGACUCUUUAAAAGUGUUACCUGAACACACUGAGUCUGCUGUGUUUUUCACCGCAGAUCCUGAGAGUGAUACAAAAACAGAGAGGGACUCAGGUGUGAUGUUACCUGAUCAGCUGGACACUGGUAUGAUUGUUCACGAGGAAGACCUUACAGGGGUUAUAUCACAUGAUCCAGGUGUGACAAGUGUGAGACUACCUGAAGAGACAAUCACAGCUGUAGGUUUACCUGAACGAAGUGAUACAGAUGUGACAUCACCUGUGACGGACAUUACAUUUGAACAAAGUGUUACCGGUGACUCUUGGGUUUCAAGGGAUCAAACAUCACCUGAGCAAUCUGACAAUCAAGUACAUGUACCUGUAAAAGCAGGUAUAUCUAUCGUACAGGAGGCAGUAACUUCAGCCGUACGUUCCCCUUCAGUGGAAUCUAAACAGAUUUUACAUCGACCAUCAGAGACUGUGCAGUGUCCAUCAACAUCUUCCCAAGCUGUGCAGCCAUUGGCCUCUGUUGCUCAAUCAACAACAUCAGGAGUAGGGCCUCAAGAAAAUCCUGACCGUCCAAAGACUGUGGUACUGACAAAACCUGCCAAGCUGCGGCAAGACAGCACGUCUAGGCUGUUUGCUCAGUCUGCAAGGCUGAAGAUGGACAGUAGUUCAGCUGCUCAAGAUACCCACUCCCCUGUUGCUGUCUCACACCAUGUCAUCUAUAGCUCAUCUCAACUCCAUUCUAACCUCCCAAGGGGAGAGAAACUGUCUGAGUGGCUAAAGCGAGAGCCCAAACUUCCAAAACUUGUGAUUCCAGAUUAUAAAAAAGUGGCCAAAGGAAGCGAGAAGCCACGACUGGAGAAGACCUCUGCUGUAGAGGAAGACUCUAAUGAUGUAUUAUAUCUCCCAGAUUCUGGGGGUAGGACUGAAGAACCUGUGACGGGAUUACCACCCAGUCCUGUAAUACGCUCACGACAAACCAGGCGCCUCCGGGCCGAGGAAAAGCUCAGUCAGCAGAAACACACCACUUCCGACCUAGCCAGGUUACCAGCCACACCCCCCAGAAACAGCCGACAUCGCAUGGCAAAGCAGGAGCAAACACUAGAAGAACAGCAGAAUGGUCGGAGAAGUUUGUACGUAACAUCAGAUCCUAACUUACAGAUUCCUCUGGCCAGCAUGGAGCUGUUAAAGCAGUCAGAGGAAUUAGAGGCCUCUUGUAGGAGCGCCCCCGAUGGUUUCCCCCGUACCUCCCCCUCUCACCCAGACCUCAGCCCGGAUGGGGGAAGAUCAACAGAAGGACACAAGCCAAUCAGUGAUAUGAUUUCAAAGUUUGAAAAACAGUCUACAGCUGAGUCAGCACAUGGGAUAAUUGGGCUGAGGAAAAGCCCCAGUCCUACAAUAGUAUCACAUGUGUCACCCAUACGUAAACUCAAACCCGCCUCCGAGCUGCUGCAGGAAAGUCAGAAAUCCAAAGGGAGAGCACUCUCUCCACGUGGUCAUGUGCAUCGUCUGGAGGCGAUGACACAACGGACCCAGUCAGAGGAGAACACAAGCAGCACAAGGAGUCAGAACAAAGAGAAUGUGUCAGAGGUCAGUUAUGUGCAGACCAUGGUGCAUCGGCUGUCGCGUGAGACAACACCAGAACGCAGACAUGGAUCCAAGGACAGCAGCCCACGUUCUGGCUCCAGCAGUGUCAUCAGGAGUGAUUCUCCGCGAUCUAACUGCGAGUUUGUCCAGCACAUAGUCAGAAAACUGUCCACAACAACAGAACCCGAUCACAAUCGCUCCCUCUCCCCGCUGAAAGACCUGACCAAUGACGGUCAAGUGAAGUCUCUGACAGAAGCCUUCAGCGCGGGAAGUUCCCGCAGCUCACCGGAGAGGAUGGGCGUCCCCACGUCCCCAUCCCGCAGCCGCGCCAGGCUCGUGCAGAAGACGCGCAGUGCGAGCUCAAGUCGGUCCCCGCCUGUGUCACGGGCGGUCCACCCUCGUCUUACCAGCCCCAGCCAGCCUGGGACGGACAUGGUUAGUGUGUAUGAUAAACAUGGCAUGGGGUCUACAUCACCGACCUCCCCCCGAUCACAACCCCCCACACGGGGACGCUUUGUUGGAUUGAGUCAGCCUAUCCCCUAUAAGCCAGAUUCAGCUAUAAGCGUAACAUGUUCACUGCCAUCCAGCGUACUAACUACACACCCCUAUCCCAGUUUAGCAGGUCAUCCCUACCCCUAUCCGCAUACAGGGUCUUCGGUGGCCAGUGUUAUUCCUGAGGAGCGCAUCAGUGCCAUCAUGGAGGACUUGUCAUCUGUAGACUCCUCGCCUAUACCUUCCCUUGACAGGACGAGAGUAACUGAACAGACUAGAGAAAUGGAAGGAACUCGUGUGAAAUUUGAAGAAAAAAGUAUUUCUGAUAUUGAAGUGCUUGAGAAAAAUAUAGUGACUCCAGUGACUCCAGAACCAGAGACUCCGGGAAGGAGCAAGAGUCCAACUUCGCCUCGCUUCAAGAGGAGUCUUUUCUCAAAGGGCGGCCAGGGAGGGAAGAAAUCCAGUGCUCAAAAGUUACCUCCCUUGCCCAAGUCGGCUGAGAAGCCGGCACAGUCUGGGGGUAAAGGACUGAGGGGGACCAUCGGGACGCUAUGUCAGCAGGCAAUGUCCUUUGACUUAGGCAUUAGCCUACACCUGAGUAAAGACCAGGAUCAUGACAGAGUGGACUUCAGGAAGAGCGACCCUGUCAAACUGCCCAGUGACUGCCCUCAGGGCAUGCCCCCUAAGUCUCCGUCUACCCACAGUGAUGAGGGUGGACUAUCCCCACAAUCCACCGAUGACAAGGGCAAAUCUAAGGGCAAAUUUCUCGACUACAGCUGGUUACAAAAGUCCAAAAAGCUUUUUAAAGUUUCGAAUCCCCCGCCCACGUCGCAGCCUGAAGACUCAAGCUGUCAGGCGUGUCACGGCCGGCCGGGAGAUAGCAACGUGUUCACUGUGUUGUAGAUAACCCAGGGUAAGGUUUACAAGCUGGCCCCUUGUUUUGUGCCAGUCUGUUUGUCUGUCUGUCUGGUGUUAGUACAGUGUAUUGGCUUCAGCUGUCUAAUCCCAUGGCCUAACAUACAUCACAUUUAUACACUGCUUGAUAUCGUUAAGUGAUAACCUGUCAUACAUGUAGCAACUUCUCAAGAUGGAUGCCACUUGGAUACCGCAUUUGGUUACAAUGAUACAGUUACACAUUAUAGUCUACCAGUAAUAAUAUUUUUACAUCAAGUUAGCUGUGCACUUGAGUAACGUGAUUAUUUCUUGAUUUCUAAAAUGUGAUACCUCUGUUAUUCCGCUUUAAUUGGGAUACUUGUAAUUCCAUUUGCACAGUGU